UUACUAUGGUUUCUAAUUUGUUGGAACGAUUUCCCUCUGACGAGAGCGUUUCGUAAUCGAGAUUAUAUUCACUUGUAUAACGUAUAUAUCUUUAUCUGCUGUAGUAAUCAAUUUAGAGCGGUGAGUAAGGUUGAUCCAGGUUGAUCAAAAAAUGGACUCCACAGUGCAAGAGCACAUUCCAGACCUGCAGCUGAGUCGUGAUUAUGGGAACACACUGGAGACCCUUCAGCCACCCGUGCUAACCGACAAUGCCAACACAGAGCACUCUCCACAUGUUGAAUCCCAGACAUUGUUUCUAAGCAGAAGGAAGUUGAACGAAAUCCCUGAAACUAUUCUAAGACAUAGAUCACUAAAGGAGUUAUAUCUUGAGGGCAACAAGUUAAUCAAUCUUCCAGAUUCAAUGUUUGUACGUUUACCCCACCUGGUGUGGUUGGACCUCAGAAAUAACCUAAUUGGAUCACUUCCAGCUGGAAUAGGCUCUCACAGGUAUCUGAAAACACUGCUGCUGGAGGGAAAUCCUAUCUCAGAGCUUCCCCCAGAGCUUGGUAAUGUUCUUUCCCUCAAAGGCCUGAACCUGAGAAAUUGCCCCAUCCGCUCCCCCCCUAAGGACAUUGUGCACCAGGGGCUGGAGUGUAUCCUCCAGUACCUGAGGAGCGCCAUGGCCGAGCGCCCGGUCAGUGUCCAGAGGUCUCAUCCAGACGGGCCCCCCGUGGAGAAGCUCCGGCUGUCAGCGCUGGUGAGGUCGAGUUUGGAGUCGUGUGGCGAAGACGAAGAGGAGGAGGAAGAGCAGGAGCUUCAGAGGUUCAAGGAGCUUAAGCACAAGAUGAUCCUGCUGGACAGUGCUGAGCUUGGCUCCAGCUCCCCCAGUACCACACGGUCGCAAGGAAGCCUGCCAGUUGUCAAGAGCCAGUUUGGGAGGUCGGGAAAAAGGAAAACGGCAGCGGAGGAAGAACUGAAGGAAAAGCAAGAGCUUCUUGAACAGAAGAAAAAGGACCAGGAGCUUCUUCAGAAAUGGCGCACUGACGCAAAGGUCAUGCAGGCGCAGAAGGCAGCGAGGCUGGAGCAAGAGAGACGAGAGAACCAAUUGAAAGAGGCAUUGGAGAAGAAGCUCUCCAAUAGUUCUCCCAACCCAACCCAACGGCAGCAGAGGGCCCCUGGGAGCCACAAAGAGCAGGAGGAGGCCAGAGCGGCCCGGGACCGUGAGCUGGAGCAAAGGAUUCGCAAGCAAAUGCAGAUGAUGCAGGAGAGACGUGGGAAACCCAAAGGAACAGUAAAAGAAGAGAAGGCCAAUGCGGAAAAAGAUAUGAGAGAGACGCUGAAGCUGCAAGCUGAGCUCCUGAAAAGGAAACAAGAUCGAGAGAAAGAAUACCGAUUCACUGCCUUCACUGGAGACAUUUAACCAGCUUGUCCCAAUAACUAAAACAUUUUGGAACACUUUGUGGUUUGGGUUGUUUGUAUGUUUUCUUACUUGUACAUCUGUGACAUAUAUACAAUAAAUAAUAAUUACAUAAACUA